AUCAUUUCAAAAUGGACGAACUUGCUUAUAGCGAUAAUUUGUUUAAUAAGAGACAGUUAGGACCUAUUGGCUCAACAACGGUUACUCCAUAUGUAAUUGCACUGUUUAUAUCUAAAUUUUGUCAUUGUUUUGGAAUAUAUGUGGCUUACGAACAGCUGAAGAUACUUCGAAUUACACAAUUCCUUUUCAUAGUUAGGUUAUUCUCAGCAUUGAUUUUAGUUCUGCUUCAAAAGCCGAUUUCAUCRGGAAAAAAAGUAACUCCAAAUCAGUKGUAUAGAAUCUUCAGACAUGCCAUUUUUUCCACAAUUAUUGCAUUAGUAUGGCUACAAGGUCUGACACUCUGUGGAGCAUUAAGGACUGUUCUAGUGUUUGAACAYAGUGAACUAACUGUCCUUGGUGCUCUUGGUGUUUUAUUUCACACUGGAGUUGCAGGUCCUUCCAAGGCCAGAGGAGCUGUGCUUUUUCUUUUGGGAAUCCUGUCYCUUUUGCUGUUUGAUAAUGAYACYCCWUAUGAACAUGCAACUCACAAUGAAGGUAGUAGUAGGUGGAUGCAUUUGUACUAUCACAUACUGUCCAUGCUAGGACUACCAGACCAUAAGGGUGGUCUUAUCCUUCUCUUACUGGGUCUAUUAUUAAAUGUAGCACAUGGAAACUUGGCAAGAAAAUUAGCAGUUGAGAUUGGAGGUACUCAGCGCUUUGUUCUUUAUUCUAGGUGAGUGGGUGUGCUGUACCUAUUUAUUCAUAGACGAUUAAUAAUAUAUGAUACAAAUCAAAGUAAAUCUAUUACCCUAUUAACUAUAAAAUGUAAUAAUUAUUACUGACAAUAUAAUAUUGCCACUACCAUAAGUCAGCAUCCUAUGUUGAGGGAGAUAUUUUCAGUGUCUUCAAGUUGCUGUAAAGUGAUACUUAAAUCUACAAUGUACUAAAUAAAUAUAUCAGACUUUCACAUUUUUGCAUCAACUACUKUCACUUAUAUUUCAGCCACUAGAUUACUAUGCCGUCCAUCACCGCGCCCAGCAAAAGGCAACUUGAUUGGCUAUACAACAGGCGGAUUACCAAUYUAUAACUUCCAUACACCACAAUCCAUAUUGUCUACAAUGAGAUCAUUUCUGAGACAAACACUUGAAGAGUCUGAAUCAAGGCAGAUAUUCUACUUCUUAUGUUUGAAUUUAUUUUUCACUGGUGUAGAGCUUGCGUACGGUGUAUGGACAAACAGUCUUGGUUUGAUAUCUGAUGGAUUCCACAUGUUGUUUGACUGCACAGCUCUAGUGCUUGGSCUYUGUGCYGCYCUCAUGUCAAGAUGGAAACGAACAAGAACAUUCUCAUAUGGUUUUGGUCGAGUUGAAAUUCUAUCUGGUUUUGUCAAUGGUUUGUUCUUAGUUGUUAUAGCUUUCUUUGUGUUUGUGGCUGCUUUGCAAAGACUCUUUGAUCCUCCUAAAGUCAGUACAGAACGUCUAUUAGUAGUGUCAGUYUUAGGUCUUCUUGUUAAUUUGGUCGGCAUAUUUGCUUUCCGYCAUGCUCAUGCUCAUGCUCAUGGAGGUGGAGGGGGUUGUGGAUCACAUAGUCACCAUGACCACAGUCACCAUGACAACAGUCACCAUGGCCACAGUCAUCAUGGUCACAGUCACCAUGGGCAUUCAUCACACCCAGAUAGAAGUGUCAAUAUGGAAGGAGUGUUUCUUCAUGUUGUAGCAGACACKCUUGGCAGUGUUGGUGUAAUUGUGUCUUCUGUUCUUAUUGAGCAAUUUGGACUCUUCAUUGCUGAUCCUGUCUGCUCACUGUUCAUAGCUACAAUGAUAUUUCUWAGUGUCAUUCCUCUUCUCAAAGAAUCAUCAUCUGUCUUGCUUCAAAAGACACCAAUAGAUAUAGAAAAACCUUUAGGGCAAAUUCUGAAUAAGAUAUUAUCUUUGGAUGGUGUAUUAUCCUAUAGAGACCAUCAUUUCUGGCAGCAUUCCGAGAAAACUACAGUAGGGACAUUACAUGUACAAGUAGCCCCAUCAGCUAGUGAACAGAAAAUUAUUCAACAGGUGAAUUCUCUACUUAAAGAAUACGGAGUAAAUGACCUUUCUGUCCAAGUUGAGAAAGAAGCAUUCUUUCAUCAUAUGUCAGCCCUAUCAGCAGGCUACARGUCUGUGUUAGCUUUAAGACAAGGUGCUGAGAUUGGACAACCACCAAGUGAAACAGAUAUAGGUUUUAUUAAAUCCAUUUGAAUCAUACAAGCAUUAUAUAACAAAUCAAGUAGUUUUAUUAAUACUUUUCAUUGGAAAGCACUCUAUUUUGCCUGCAAGGAAGAUCAUAUUGGUAGGAUUAGACCAUGUUGUAAGCUUCUUCUUUCAUGCAAGAUCUGCUUAUGACCAGAAAUAAUAUUGAAUUUAAAAAAUGAUUUAUUUAACUGUUCAACACAAGCUCAGCCCACUUGAAAUCAUUAAAAUCAUCUCCCUGUAAAUAUAGCCUUUAUUAUAAUAAAGUAUAUUUGUACAUAAUAUUAUAGUAAGUUAUAAUUUUAAGCCAAGUUAAUAAUGUAAUAAUACUUCCACUUUAAAAAACAACAACUCUAGCUUCAACAUUAAAGCCUGGUUUUCACUAAGUUGUAAGCAAGGUGUUAUAAGGUGUUAAAAACAAUAGCUUUUGGGAUUAGAAGGGAAAGUGUUUUUGGUAUGUUUGUUCUGUUUUCUUUAAUAUUAGUCCAAGCCUGAAGCUUAGAGUACAAGCACUAAAACUGUGCAACAUAAAUACCACUAAAUACUGCUAAAUUAUGCUAAUUCUAUUGUUUUCUAUUGUUUAAUUAACACUAUUUUGUUCUAAAUAGUGGAAAGUGUUGCACACAUUUAAUGUUUGUACUCUACUGCUUUGCUUAUAUCUACAGUAUGUCUGUCACACGCUUGACUUUAUCCUUUAUUUUUUCUUUUCUCGGCUUAUGCCUAUGCUUAUGUCCUAGUGAAAACCAGGCUUAAAUAUUAUAACGUUGUAAACAUGAUAAUAACAAGUUCUUUGAGAUGUAUGUAUACUAUAUUGAUGUUAUUAUUAUUAUUAUUAUCUCAAUAGUAUUGUUGAAAAUAUUGUGAAUAAAAUCUUUAGAUUAAUU